AUGGACGAAUCGCUUCAAUCUCUAUGUAAUGAUGACAUUUCUUUAAACUUCUCAAACGCUGUGAUCUCUGAAAUCAAGCGGGAUUUCAUCAGCAUGUUUGUACAGGAAAAUCCAUUUAUGGAAUCCCAUUUUACUUAUACGACGCCGAUGAUAUCGCAAAACUGGAUGUCAUUCCCCAAGUUAAAGAUCCUGGAUCUUUCUGAAAAUAACAUGAGAAGAACCAAUUUUGUACAACUAUUGUCAAACAGCUUAUACUUUCUUGAUCUUCACGGCAAUUCGCUUAGUAACUUGAACUUAAACGAAAAAGGGAAGAAAUUGUUCGCACUAAAUUUGGAUGAAAAUAAUUUUAACAAUAUUCAACAGUACAACGGAUACAGUAAGACUUUAUCGAUGGCUGGUCUGAAGAAUCUACACUAUCUUUCUGUUUCCAGAAACGAGAUUAAUACUAUCGAAUCAGAUGCUUUUCGAGACAAUAACGAAUUGCUUUUUUUGAAUUUAUCCUCAAAUGACAUACAUUAUCUACAUCCGAAGACAUUUGCAAAUUUGCAGUAUUUAGAAACAUUGGAUCUAAGUAUCAACCAACUCGAGAAUGUUCCGCAAAUCUCAAAUGAAACAGAAAUUAGCACUUUGUGUAUUAAUAACAACAACAUAAAGAAAAUAAUUUCGCAUACUUUCGUGUAUAUGCCAAAAUUGAUAAAAUUAUUAAUGGGAAUGAAUCAGAUUGAUAAAAUAGAUGUUAAUGCAUUCGUUCAUCUUAUUGUCCUAGAAGAAUUAGAUUUAUCGAGGAAUAUGUUAAGUUCUUUGCCGGAAGGGUGGACAAAAUCCCUUAUAUCUUUAAAAUAUUUGGACUUAAGCGAUAAUAAAUUCACUUCGCUAGAGUCUUUGCCAUUGACGAAUACGUUGCCAUUGAUAACAAUAUAUUUAAUGAAAAAUUCACUAGAAUAUCUUAAUGUUAAAUAUUUUGAGAAUUUACCUCAAAAUCUCACUAUUAAUUUGAUUUAA